GGCGGUGAUGCGGUCCAGUGUUCCACCGUUUUUUCAAGCUGAGAGAAAAGAGCCUGACGCUUGAGCGGGUGGAGACCUCUACACAUUUAAAUCCCCCGGGUCGGUUUUUCAGCUUUCAGCAACAAAUAACUUUACCAUUUUAAUUUUCUUUCUACCGUUGGAUUCUUUAGAGCUGAUUUAAUGUCGUAAAUGACAGGUCUGUAAGGGCGUCGUUGUUGGGAAGUUUUUUCGAGGGGGGUUUGGACCAGCAAAGGGCCAUGGCAGUCGAGGCUCGACCAGAGCUGGUCGGGAAGCGGUUCCUCUGUGUCAGCGGGGACGAACCGCCUGAAAUCGGCGACAUCGGUCGGUGGCCGUGGAGGUCUGGGGUCAUACGAGCCGUCAACCAUCGUGACAGCGACAAUCCUGACCUGACGGUAUAUGUGGAGUUUGAUGAUCAGGAGUGGGAGAAGAGAGAGUGGGUCAAGGUCUAUGAGGAUUUCCAGCUGUUUCUACUGGAGCACCAGCUGGUCUGGGCCAAGAGGAAGGAGGGAGCAGCAGGAGGAGGAGGAGCAGGAGCAGGUGCAGGAGCAGGAGGUCUGCUGCAGGCAACCAAGGCCAAACACAUACAGUGGCCUGCUCUGGCGUUUAAACCAGUGGUGGGGAAGAACCUGUUGUCGUCAGUAACAGCAGUGGAAUUCUUGUUAGACCAACAGCUGGACUUCCUGUCGGACCAUUCAACCUUCCAACCAUACCAGGAUGAGGUGGACAGUCAGAACCCAGUGUUAAGAGACAACCCUCAGCUACAUGAAGAAGUGAAGAGCUGGCUCAAAGACCAGAAAGUGCAGGAAAUUUUUAUGCAAGGUCCGUAUUCAUUGAAUGGCUACCGUGUGCGUGUGUAUAGACAAGACUCAGCCACCCAAUGGUUCACUGGCAUCAUUACACACCACGACCUCUUCAGCCGAAACAUGGUCGUUAUGAAUGACCAGGUGCUAGAGCCUCAGAAUGUGGAUCCAUCCAUGGUCCAGAUGACUUUUCUGGAUGACGUGGUCCACUCCCUGCUGAAAGGAGAAAACAUCGGCAUCACCUCCAGACGAAGGUCACGAUCCAGUCAGAACAACAACACUGCCCAUAUGGCAGGAGGGAGACCCGGCGGGACCACUGGCAGCACUCAGAGUCAUUACACGCGAGCCCAAGCCAACAGCCCCCGCCCCAUCAUGACCUCAUCAGGCCCCAACCCAAAAAGUUCCCAGGGGAUGUUGGCCUCCCAGCAGCACACCCAAUCACAGCAAAGCCAGCAACUAGCCAGCCAAUUGCACCACUCACCCGGCAGCAGUGGAAGGGAGCAGAGAGAGCAGCGCAACUCUCGCUCUUCCAGGAGGAAAGGAUCAGACAGCAGUGUUCCAGAGGAAGACAAGGACAGGAGAGAGGACACCACAGGAAGAGACUCCAAGUCCAAGGUGAAACAGGCGGUGAACAAACGUAGGAAGGGUGAGGAAGAUGAGAAGAAGGCAGGAUUAAAGAGGCUGAAGACUGACAUGACGUCUGAUCUGUCAGAGAGUAGUGACUCAGAAAAUCCACACAACAAGAGGACUGCCCACUCCUCAUGUUCCUCUUCCUCCUCGUCAUCCUCAUCGUCCUCCUCCUCCUCCUCUUCCUCCUCCUCAGAGCCCAACUCUGAGAAUGAACUUAAGACUCGCAGCAGUGAUGUAAAACCAAGUGCCAUUUCCAAAAUGGAGGAAGACGAGAAGCCGCUAAUGCAGGGAUCCAAAAUUAACAAUUCUUCGUCUCUGAUUGGCCGGCUGUCCCCAUGGGUGGAGCUUCAAGCAGUGGAGGAGAGCAAGAAGGGUGUGGUUAGGGAAACAGGCAAACUGAUAAUGAAGGAGGUGGAGGAAUUGGUGGCGGUAACGCAAAUUACCCAGUCUCCACGGCAACAGUCUCUGAUGUCUGACACCAUUCAAGGCGGCAUUAUGGAGAGCAGCAAGAACACUGUGAAAGGGUCUUCUCCGUCCCAGACGCCGCUGUCGUCCCACCUCCACGGUAGUGGUGUGAUCGAAAUCACAGAUGACGCCCAGGCCACGGUGCACCGCGAGAGUUCAGAGGCAGUAUCAGCGCUGCUCGCCUCACAGAAGGCUGAGUCCACGGCCCUCUCACCUUACCUCCCCCUCAACCCCUCCCCAGUGUCCUCACCUCCCAUUCCACCAUCUCCCUCACCGUCAGAAGGAGGCCGCAGGACAGAUAUUGAACCUCCCAUGCAACAGCAGCAAGGCAUUAUGGGAGGUGGCAUGACAGCUGCGAGGAGCUUAGUCAGCAAGAUAGAGUUUUCUCCCUCAGAGGUCAUCAGGCCUGUCACUUCAGUGGCUGAUCAUGUGGUGUUAGUGGAGAAGGAGAAAACUGUCCUUCCUCAUCUUCAUCUUCAUCAGCAACAACAGCAGCAACAUCAGCAGCAGCACACACAGCAACAGCAACACUACACAUCUAUCCACCCCAGCAUUAAGACCCCGUCUUUACCUGAGGAGACAAGAAAACAUCCCCAGCAACAACUGCCCCACAAGAUGAACACAGUUUCCACUCCUGACCCAGCCAAAUCCAAAAUGAGCCCCAGCCCAAACCCCAAUCCACCUCAGCUCGACUCUGUUAAACAGAAACCCCAACACCCAAACAACUCUCAGAGCCACUCCUACCCCAACACGAACCCAACUGAACUUCUUAAAGUUAAGUCCCACCCGGGCCUGCUUGACAUCUCCAAACCUAAACCCAACACCUCCCCAGAGGUCUCUAAACAUAAAAUACCACGGUACUGCAAUACCUCACCACCUCCAACAGGCCGUUUGUCUGCUAAAGCAGAAAUGGCAGAACCUCUUCGGUCUGGUUUCAAGACGGUGCCAGCGCGGCCAGAGUCAGGUGGAGUCAGUAUGAGCAGCAGCACCAAGAGCCCUCUGAUCAUCGAUAAGAACGAAACCUUUACCGUUUACAGGGACCCAGCACUGGUCCGCUCCGACACCGAGAACUCUGCUGCCGCCACUGUCUCCUCCAACCAUGUGGCAGCCUAUCUCCAUCCCCACCUGCACACCCUGCACUCCCCGUCUCCCCACUCCCCCUGCCUCACCCCUGCUUCUCACCCACAUGCCACUUCCCACCUCCUUGCUGCUCCUCACACCUCUGCCCUACCUCAUCCGCACCUUUUACCACCCGGGGUGCUUCCGGCCAUGCCUCCUCCCACAGCGUCUCUCCUUGGGGGCCACCCUAGGCUCGACUCUCCUGGCGGUUUGGGUCACCUUGGCCUACCUCAUCCGGCAGCUGCACACCAACAGCAGUUUCUACAGGGUCAAGGUCCCCCACCACCCCCCCUACUAACCCAGGCUCACAGUGGGGCAGCAGGGCUGGGCCUGUACCCUAUCCUCUGGCAGUACCCCAAUGGAACACCAAGCUCAUACCCCCCAGGACUCAACCUGCCCCCCACAGCUAAGUGGGUCCACCCUGAAAACCCUGUCACAGUUAAUUCCGAGGCCUCUCUACGGAGGAACACUGCCAGUCCAUGGCUUCAUCAGGCUGCUGGUAGUACUGGCGACGGUCUGAGUUUGCUGAGCCACGUUCCUGUCCGGCCAGCAAGUGCUGACGCCCACCGCACUCCUGUCAAGAUUCACACACACACAAGCCCUCCGCUGUCAAAGGCCAGUGUUGAUGUCCAUAAAGAAGAUGUGGAUAAGAAGGGCUUUGUGGACCCGAUCAGGACUUUGACAUUGGCCCAGUUGAAACAGGAGCAGACAGACAGGAGUCGCACCCCCACAGGGAAAGAUGUCCACUUACACCGCCUCUACCUAGACCCCCUCAGCAAGGCUCGCCUGGCAAAUACACAGGAUGCACUUCAGGCAGCAGACCGAGCCAGUAAAUACAAGGAGGAGAAUCGGCAGAUCCUGAAAGAGAGCAUUGAAGUCGCUCCCUUCACCGCAAAGAUCCAGCGCUCAAGUGACCUGGGGAUGGACAGGGACAGAGAGAGAAGCCGAGAUUCUGCCUUUCCUGUCCGAAUACCAGCUCUCACCACCCCCAGCCCCAAGGCUGGCCACGCCCAUCCCCACGUCAUCCAAUCAGAAAAGAGCGGCUACUUCACCACACUGUCCAACAGUGUAGUGAAUGAGCCUCCAAGACUGUACUCCUCCAAAGAGCUCAGCUCAUAUUAUGAGAAAAUAUCUGGUGGAGCUCUAGGGGUUGUAGCCAGUAUGGGACCUGCUGUGCAAAGCCAGGGAGCUCUGCCCUUGGGUAGCCACAGCUCCAAAGCCUCCCUCUCCAAGCCCCCUCCUCUCAUUAAGCACCAGCCAGAGGGAGGAGAGGGCUUAGCAGGGAAAAUCACUGAGCAGCUCAGCCAGCAAGUAACACUAGUCCAACAGCAACAUCAGCACCACACAGGUAUUGACAGGAUAGAACGCCACAGCCCUGCCAUUUCUCCCUCCUCCUCCUCUACAUCUUCAGCCCCCAACCACCAUCAUCACCACCACCACCAACAGCAGCAGCAACACCAGCUCAGGGCAAUGCCAUCUCUCCACCGAGCGCCUGUCUUCCAUCCCCCCACACAGCACGCACUGGAACGAAAAGAGGCUGCAGAGCGAGAGAGGGAGCGAGAGAAGGAAAGGGAGAAAGAAAGGGAGAGAGCAGGUUAUGGUGGACGCCUGUCCCCACCAACCCUCACACCCAUCCAACCAGUUAGCUUAGCAGCAACUGGUAGCAAAACAUCAGCAGAGCAGCAGAAGCCUCCUACACUGCUGCCUGAACUCAGGGACGUCAAAGGUCGUGGAAAUGCUGCUGCCAUCACCUCUGUGGCCUCUGCUAUCAGUGGGGAGAUUAUCACUUCAUCAACAGAUGGGUGGAGAGGUGGAGAGAUGAUUCAGGAAAGAGGAGGGCUGUACUCUGGAGAGAAAGGAGUGUUGAGGGGCAAGCCCCAAGCUGCAAUGGCAUCAGUCAUUGUACGCUCGUCGACAUCCAUUAAGUAUGGAAGUCCUGUUGGUGCUAACAAAUCUGGUGCUAUGAUCCAUCAGGAUCUCCCUCAGGGGAGGUUUUAUACAUCCAAGCUUCAGGGGGAAUGUCUGAGGUUAGGGGAGAGUAUCAGAGAACCUGGAACUGGCAGGGUUAUCCAGUCCAACGCCAACAUGGAUGACAUGUGUGUCCAGUAUAAAAAGUCUUCUGUGUGUGGCAUGCAGGGAACUAUUGGAGCCAGUACCAUAAACUCUGUGAACAGGACUGCUGUUUCAGCCUCUUUUGGCGCACAGAGUAAGUGUGGGGCAGCCACCUGUGAGCAGGGUCACUCAGUUUCCACUCGAGGCGAGACUGUAGCCCAUAAAACAGAUGUUGGUGGCUGGGCGCUGGGUCACUCAGGACGAGGAGACCACCAAGACUGCUUCAGCUCACACACCACAUCUCCAGGGGGAUCAUUGCCCCCCCCUAGUCCAGCAGGGACACCCCAGUCUAGUCCAAGCCUCGUCCCAACAACUUCUGGCUCGAGCCAGCCUUUCUCCUCCUUUGUCCAUCUCAAGAAGCACAAAGCUGCAUUGGCUGCAGCUCAGUCCAGAAGCAACAUCUCCACUGCUCCCAUAUCCAUCACAACUGGAAACUCUUCCCAGUCUGUGGAUUCAGUAGACAAAGCUCCAAUUCACAGCUCUCCGCCUCCACCCUCUUCUAGCCAGUCUUUAUCAUCAUCAGUUGACUGCAGUAGCAGCAGCUCAGCAAGUGGGAGCACAACACCAGGCAAGUCCAGUCCCCUGCCUAACGGCCAGUCAUCAGGAUCAGUCUCAAUGAGCAGUGGGCUGCCUAGUAACUACCACAAACUGAAGAAAGCCUGGCUAACCCGCCAUUCAGAGGAGGAUAGGAACACUACUGCUACAACCAGUUCCACCAAUACUAAAUCAGAGAAACUUCCCAGCACCAUCACCACCGCCACCACCACCAUCACCAGCACAAGUAACACAAGUAACACUACAGCUAUGUCAGAAAUGAUUAAACCCUGUACAGUAAAUCUCAGUGCCUCCACCUCCAGUGAGGUGGAAAUGAGCAAGGACAGUGGAAGCAAAGGUGAGCGAGAGAGGCAGCUGGAGGAGAAGGUGGGAGGAGCAACAGCAGGAGGAGGAGGCGGGGAGGAAAGGAAAUCAGCUCCUUCAUCAAGGCGAGGGAACAAACGGCCAUACGAGUCCGGCUCAGAGAGCGGAGGAGAUGACUCUGACGCUAGUGAGAGCAAGAUGGAGGGUCGAGCCAAACGCCAGCCUAAACCAACCUACAAAAAGAAACAGAAUGAUAUGGCCAAGAAGAAAGGAGACAAUGAAAAGGAGGAAGAUGACAUGAAGCCCAAUGGCAUUUUCAGAUCAGCCCGAGAGAAGACCAAACUCAAACUGGCAAGCAGCAAUGGGAUCCCCCGCUCUGUGCUGAAGGACUGGAGGAAGGUGAAGAAGUUGAAGCAGACAGGGGAGUCUUUCCUGCAGGAUGACUCGUGUUCAGAAAUUGGACCCAACCUGCAGAAGUGUCGGGAGUGCAGGGUGGUCCGCAGCAAGAGGGGAGAAGAGCAGGCACAUUCUCCUGUCUUCUGUCGCUUCUACUAUUUCAGACGGCUUUCCUAUAGUAAAAAUGGAGUAAUCCGGAUGGAUGGCUUCUCCACUCCAGACCAGUUUGAUGAUGAGGCCCUGUCCCUUUGGGCCCCUGGGGCGAUGGAGGAGAGCCACCUAGACCAAAGCACAGCAAAGUACAUUCUCAGCUUCAUAGGAGACAAGUUCUGUCAGAUGGCUGUGACUGAGAAUACUGCAGCCACCUGGGUAAAGAAAGACGCCAAGCUGGCAUGGAAGCGAGCAGUUAGGGGUGUGAGGGAGAUGUGUGACGCCUGCGAGGCGACACUCUUUAAUAUCCACUGGGUCUGUCAGAAAUGUGGCUUUGUUGUCUGUCUGGACUGCUAUAAGGCCAAGGAGAGAAGGAGCUCCAAAGAUAAAGAGCUGUACAGCUGGCUGAAGUGUGUGAAAGGCCAACCGCACGAUCACAAACACCUGAUGCCAACACAGAUCAUACCUGGCACAGUGCUGACAGAGUUGGUAACUUCAAUGCACAUGCUGAGAGACAAACAUAACAUCAAAUCUCACUGUCCCUGCACCAACAAACAGAACCUCCUCACAAAACUUCCAGCCACCAAUGGAGUCUCACAGGUUCUCCAGAAUGUCCUGAACCACAGUAACAAGUUGUCUCUGGUGAAAGCUGAGCCAGGCUCUCAGCAGAACUCUGAUCCAGAAGGAACCAAGGUAGAGACUAACGGAGGAGGUGUUGGCGGAAGCAGUCCAGGUAGUGACACAGGGAGUGCUCCUGUUACCCCGCCAGAGUCUCAGUCACCACUGCAUUUCCUGGCAGACCUGGCAGAACAGAAAUCCAGGGAGGAAAAGAAAGAAAACAAGGAGUCAGUGUUGCUAGGUAAAUCACUCAAGGAAGAUGGGAAGAAGGACGAGAGACAGCCUGGAAGUCCUGCAGCAUGUAAAACCACCUCAUUGGUAGCUAACAGUACGGAGCAGGGCUCCACACUCAGAGAUCUGCUCACCACCACAGCAGGGAAACUGAAGCUGGGCUCUACUGAUGCAGGAAUCGCCUUUGCACCUGUCUACUCCACUGCCUCACAGACUGGAAAGGGUGGGCGGACCAUGCCCAAUAUUCUUGAUGACAUCAUUGCUUCAGUAGUUGAGAAUAAAAUCCCCGCCAGCCGCCAGAACCUCACCACCAAGCUGUCAAUCAAGCAAGAGCCCAUCACUGUGGUCAGCAACAACAACAACACGCCUCCCUCUGCUGUUGCUGAGUAUACCAAACCAGACAGGAAGAAGUCUGUGCCUGUUACUGCAGCUGUGCCAGAGGAAUCAACCAGUCAGUAUCCAGACAUUCCCCACUGCUGGUUAAACAGCAGACAGUUACUGUGGCUCAAAGAUCACCGCAACCAGAACAACUGGAAGCUGUUCAGAGACUGCUGGAAACAAGGACAGCCUGUGCUGGUGUCAGGGAUCCAUAAGCGACUGAAUGCCAGUCUGUGGAAAGCUGACUCCUUUAACCAAGAGUUUGCAGACCAUCAAGGAGACCUCCUCAACUGUAAGGACCAGGUUGUGUCCAACUCGGGGAUCAAGGAGUUCUGGGAUGGAUUUGAGGACAUCACCAAGCGGCCCAAGUCCAAGGAUGGAGAACCUAUGGUGUACAGACUGAAGGACUGGCCAUCUGGAGAGGAGUUCAUGGCCCUCAUGCCCUCCAGGUACGAUGACUUGAUGAAGAACCUGCCACUGCCAGAGUACUCCGAUCCAGAGGGCAACCUCAAUCUCGCCUCCCACCUGCCAUCUUUCUUCGUCAGGCCAGAUCUGGGGCCACGACUCUGCUGUGCCUACGGUGUAGCUGCAUCUCAGGACCAGGACUUUGGGACUGCCAACCUCCAUGUGGAAGUGUCAGACGUCGUGUCUGUUCUGGUCUAUGUUGGAGUCGCCAAAGGCAAUGGAGUCCUGUCCAAAACGGGAGUGUUGAAGCGUCUGGAAGAGGAGGAUCUAGAUGAGGGGGUUCGGAGGAGGCUCAAAGACUCGAGUGAGACACCGGGGGCACUGUGGCAUAUCUACCUCAACAGGGACAUGGACAACGUCCGAGAGUUCCUGCACAAGCUCUGUAAGGAGCAGGGAUUGGAGAUGUCGCUGGACCAGGACCCAAUCAGAGAGCAGGGCUGGUAUCUGAGCAGGAAGCAGCGUCAGCGGCUGCUGGAUGAGCAUGGAGUUCAGGGCUGGACUGUAGUUCAGUUCCUGGGAGACUCUGUCCUUAUACCAGCUGGGGCUAUGCACCAGGUUCAGAACCUCCACAGUUGUGUUCAGGUCAUCAAUGACUUUGUGUCUCCUGAGCAUGUGGCCAACUCCUUCCAUCUGACCCAGGAGCUCCGGCCCAGUAAAGAAGAGGUCAACUACGAGGAUAAACUACAGGUGAAGAACAUCCUGUACCACUGUGUGAAGGAGGCAGUGAGCACCUUGAAGAGGAGCAUCUCUGAGGAAGACGACGAGGAAGAGAACUCAUGACACUCCCUCGGCCUUGUCCACACCCUCCACAGAGGGACACGACUCUCACCAGUACCUCCACCUCACCGCACCCUCCACUUCACUUGGAGGACUGUGUAACAUGACCACAAGAGGUGGUUGGGACAGAGCUGGUCUAGUGACCCAAGGGACCUCUUGGUGUGAGCUCCACCUGCAUCACAUCCAAAUGGCCAGGGAGAGGCUCACCAACCUCCAUCAUCACCCCCAAUCUUCAGUGCCAAUAGGACACAAAGACAAGACCAGAGGGCCACUGGACUGACAGGGAUAAAACCUCAGCUAUCACCUGUUUACUGUUUUAUAGACUCACAACACAGGGAGAACAGAGGAAUUGUGGGAAAGAGAGAGAGACUUAUUGAAGCCACUAUGCUGGAGUGACACAGCUCUACAGACCUCCAUCGAAACAAAACUGAACUCUUUAGUGUGACUGAUGCUGAAUCCUGCCAGGAUCCAGUUCCCAUGGAGAUUCAAACUGUCCUGUAAGCAGCAGUGCACAGGUAUGAUGGAGACUGAGAGACACACUGAGCCCCCUACUGCUCUCUCACUGUAAUCUGCUGUGGAUUAGACAGGCCACAAGGUUUAAUCCCUGUCUGUAGGAGCCCACAUCACAUCUUGAACUGAAGAUUUCCUGAUCACAACGGCAUCACCAGCAGCAAGCAGCAUCAGAAUCAAAACUGUCAUCUCUGAUGUUUAAAAAAAGAAUUUGAGGCAGGAAAAUGCAAAGCCGAAAUCUCAGAUGUUUCAGUCAGCAGUCUCUGCUGCUCCUUCAUUUGCUGUUCCUUCUGUAAUUUGUCUGUUCUCGUCCUUUUUUCUAGUUCCGUCUGUCUGUUGAUGUUUUUUUUCUUAAUUUUCCUUUUCAUACCAACAUUGUUUCAUUUCCUCUGUGAAGAUGUAUUUAUUUUCUAACUCUGUGAUGAUGCGGUGUUAAUGAGACAAAAAAGCAGUCAUGUAAAUGUGACUUGUACAGUUUCUUUUUUUUCCUUCUUUUUUUUUGCUAUGUGGUUUUCUGUUGUAAUACGGCUCUACUGUGAUGGAGGACACACACACACACACACACACACACACACACACACACACACCAACUAAUGCCUGUAACUUUGGGAAAUGUUGAUGCUCUACAGUCCUCAUGCCAUAAAUACAUUUUUCUGAAAAUGAACUGCCAAACUAUUGUAAAGACUGUGUAAAGUUGUAUUAUGUAAAGAAAAAGAAAAUGGCUUAUACACACAGCAUUUUAUUAAAAAAAAGUAUUCUCUGUAAAAUGGAAACACAAAAAAUAUGUAAUUUAUUUAUGAAAAUAAUUGUUGUUUUUUGUUUUGUUAAGAUUUACUAUGGUGAACUUUUGAAGUUAAAAGAUAAAAUAAUGAAAAACUGUAAUGUGUAAAUAUAUACUUUCACUGAAGUAUUUUUUUAAAACAUGGCUUGCUUCAAUUUAAAAUUUUAAAGUGCAAGUGUUACAUGCUUUGUACAUUGAAGUUCAAAGGGGUUUUACAUUUUCCAUUAAAAAUGGAUUUAUCAAAA